AUGCCUGCCUCACACCGUUCCAGAUCUUCCAACCGCCGGCCAAAACAUGUCCCUUUAGCGGAAGACCUUGUAUCCACAGCUCCCAUACGCACCAAAACGAAGAAGCGAAAAACACAGCCAGACGUUGAAGAUGGAACCUCGAAAAGCUACGUCGAUUCGCGCUCGUCGCGAAAGAUACUCAAAAUCGGGCAUGACUUACAGGACGAAGAAAAUGAGGAAGCAAAGUCUAGCUUGCCCAAUCUUGCGUUCGCAUUCGAAUCAAGAUUUGGUGCAACGAGUGAGGGCGAUAGCGACGAUGGGAAUGCUGGAGGAUUACACGAUGAUGACGAAGCUUGGGGCAGCGCGGAGGAAGCAGCAUCAGAAGCAGAGAUAGACCCCUCAGACCUCGACCUCUUCAACAAGUUCAACCCCACAGUCCAAUCCGACUCUACCGCCCAACAAAUAGCCUCCCCCGCUCCAGCAGACUCCGGAGGAGGCACCAACCUCGCGGACCUCAUCCUCGAGAAAAUCGCUCUCCACGAAGCUCAAAAUCCCACCAUUAUCACCGACGCUCCUCACGCCACCACCCCCCUCAACCACUACGCAGACCCUGAACCACUCCCCCCAAAGUCAUCGAAGUCUACACCAAGAUCGGCCACCUCCUCUCCCGCUACAAAUCCGGCGCACUCCCCAAACCGCUCAAAAUCCUACCCACCCUACCCAUCUGGCCAGACCUCCUUUCCCUCACAGCCCCGGACUCCUGGACCCCCAACGCCUGCUACGAAGCCACGCGUCUCUUCAUCUCCGCCGCCCCACCCAGUUCGGGAGGACAUACAUGAGCGCAAGAAAUUGAAUGUGCAUCUCUACAAGGCGCUGAAGAAGGGGCUGUAUAAACCCGCGCCGUGGUUUAAAGGAUUCUUGUUUCCGUUGGUGGGUAGCACGACGUGUACAUUGAGAGAGGCGCAUGUGGUCAGUAGUGUGCUUGCGCGGGUGAGUGUGCCGGUGCUGCAUUCAGCCGCGGCGUUGCUGCGGUUGACGGAGAUAGCGGCGGAGCAGGCGAGUGGACGGCUAGGUAUGGAGGCGGCGGGGGCGACGAAUGUGUUCAUCAGGGUGCUAUUGGAGAAGAAGUAUGCGUUGCCAUAUAAGGUCGUUGAUGGGCUGGUGUUUCAUUUCCUGAGAUACAGGGUAACCGUUCGGCAAAAUGAAGGGGAUGAGAGAGGAGGAAAGAGAGUUGGCGAGGGUAGCGGCGAGCAGAAAUUGCCCGUGCUGUGGCAUCAGUGUCUUCUUGCUUUCGCCCAGCGGUAUAGGAAUGAUAUCACGGAAGAUCAGAGGGAAUCGUUGCUGGAUUUGCUCGUGAGCGUGGGGCAUCCGGCGAUUGGGCCGGAGGUUAGGAGGGAGUUGCUUGCUGGACGUGGGAGGGGUGUGCCGCUUGAAGAUGAGCGGAUGGAUGGUGGCGAUGAUACUAUGGUUGUUGAUGGGGCGGGAUUGUCGUGA